UGCUGCAGAACUGCCUGAUCUGCCCACAUGAAACGGCUGGAGCGCCUGCUUUCUGGGGAAACAAACGAAUCUGUGGCAGAGAGAAGUUGGCAGCCAAAGACAGUAGGGUACGACGGAGCUACCCCCGAGAUGAGGGAGUAGCUCUGGUGAGGGGGAGGGAGAAUGGGAGGAGGAGAAAAGGGUGGCCUGUCUCUUUAAGGGGGCUGGCUGUCAAUCAGAAAGUCCUUUUCUUUGCUGGAGAAGAGGCCAGAGAUAUUCAGAGAGAAAAAGUAAAGCAGCGGCAAGGAUUGUUCCAGCUGAACAAAGCGAGACACAAAGGGAAACGAGGUGACAAGGGAUUUGACUGAGUCCAGAGGCAAUGGGUUGGCUAGAGUGCUGCGCAAGAUGUCUGAUAGGGGCACCCUUUGCUUCGCUGGUUGCCACGGGGUUGUGUUUCUUUGGGGUAGCACUGUUUUGUGGCUGUGGGCACGAAGCACUCACUGGCACCGAGCGGCUAAUUGAGACCUACUUCUCCAAAAACUACCAGGAUUAUGAGUAUCUUAUUGAUGUGAUCCACGCGUUCCAGUAUGUCAUCUAUGGAACGGCUUCUUUCUUCUUCCUCUAUGGAGCCCUCCUUCUGGCCGAGGGCUUCUACACCACUGGUGCCGUCAGGCAGAUCUUUGGCGACUACAAGACCACCAUCUGCGGCAAGGGCCUCAGCGCUACGGUAACAGGGGGCCAGAAGGGGAGGGGUUCCAGAGGCCACCAUCAAGCUCACUCUUUGGAGCGGGUGUGUCAGUGUUUGGGAAAAUGGCUAGGACAUCCCGACAAGUUUGUGGGCGUGACCUAUGCUCUGACCAUCGUCUGGCUCCUGGUGUUUGCCUGCUCUGCUGUGCCCGUCUACAUUUACUUCAAUACCUGGACAACAUGCCAGUCCAUUGCCUUCCCCACCAAGACCUCUGCCAGUAUAGGCACGCUGUGCGCUGAUGCCAGGAUGUAUGGUGUCCUUCCAUGGAAUGCUUUCCCAGGAAAGGUGUGCGGCUCAAACCUUCUGUCCAUCUGUAAGACCCCUGAGUUCCAAAUGACCUUCCACCUGUUUAUUGCCGCAUUUGUUGGUGCUGCAGCCACACUGGUUUCACUGCUCACUUACAUGAUUGCCGCUACUUACAACUUUGCCGUCCUCAAACUCAUGGGCCGAGGCACAAAGUUCUAGUCUGCCAGAGGGAGCCGGGAUAUCCAAAAUGCCCUUUUUUCUCUAACCAUGAGGCUUUAACAAUGCAGCCACCCAAUACCAGGUCUCCUACUUUAACUCCAUCUUCACCGCUGACUCCCCCUCUUCUUCCUCUAUUGUAUCCAUCACGAUGAGCGUCACAAGGAUGGGGAGACUCCCGACGAUGGAUACGUCCUCAUGCACUUUUCUCUCGGUGUACGUCUGUAGCUAUGUUGCUCCACAGCAAGUCUUGCUGGGAAUAGGGAAAGUUAAACGAAGAGGAUUUCCUGCCAGGCCAAAAACAGGAAAAGCAGAUGAGGGAUUUACUCCAACUUCCUGACAUUUCCUAGAAAUAGGAACGAGCCUUUCUGCUUCUGGGAGGCAGGAAUCAAUGUUGGUUGCUCUACUAUGAGUGAGAAAUAUGCUUCAUGCUACAUAGAGAGAGGAGGAAGUGGCCUGGCCUUGAUUCCAUCACUAGAGACUCUCCUUGUUAUAAAAGACACAGAACUCGCUUCCAACUUCAUACUGCAGAUGGAAGAGAAGAGGACUUCUCCAUGGUAAAGAAAGAGAAUUUACCUUAAUCUGCCUGAUGCAGCCAGGGUAAAAGGGGUUUAGAGCAAGGAUCUUCCCAAUAUGGGGAGAGAGCACAGACCCCGAUGCUCAUAGAAUCCCAAUUCCUUAACCCAGCCGACCUACUUAAAGCAUAAAGGAGCUUGGUGUCUCUGUAGACUAAGGGGACUCUUGGUCUUACACCUCAACAGAAAUAGAAUUAGAAUUGUCUCAGCAUUGAACGGGAGCCACUCCCUGUGUCCCCUACUGCAGGCCCUAAGCAGUAGGGGAGAGAUGGAUAACAGCUUGGACUAGAAGGACUUCUCUAACCAGGGACCUGAGAGUGUAAACCCAGAGGGGUCCCUUUUGCAGACACGGGAUAACUCUUUGGACUGUCUGUCUUUGCGCGUCUUUCCUCUUGUAACAAGCUGUGCACAUUGAACUCUGUCAUACCUUCACAAUGGUGCUCUUCUCUUCGGGUGACAUUUGCUUCCGUAAUGUUCUGUAAAUCGAAGAUCUUGAUUUGUUUCCGAUUCGUACUAAAUUUAACCUUUUCCCCACUCCCAGCCCUCCCUUUUUUUCAAUGGUUUCCCGUGAGCCAGGCUGUAUAUUCUGAAACUGGCCAAAACCUGAAAGAUUCAGUGUCUCAUUUUGACCAUGGCCAGUCAUUCAGAAGCAAUUAAAUAAAUGACUAAGGGGGGGCACAGCGCAUUCUGCAUGAUUGGAUUUGCACAGUCUUUAAAUAUGGCCAUUUUUGUACAAAUCCAAACCCUCCAGCUUCCAUUUAGGUGUUUCUCACUGGGCAAGUUUCUGAGCCAAUGUUUGCGUAUGCAGCCAAACUUGGAAUGAGAUUUCGAUGUUUCCCUUUUCAUUGGAGACACUAGGAUGGGGAAAGGAUCGUAUUAUUUCGACAUGCUUAAGAGAGGGCAAGGUUCCGAUCGAGAAGCUGCGCCCCAUUGUACACUGACCGCUGCCAGAAGUUCUCAGCAGUCACACGACCGCAGCGGCCACAGACAGGGAGUAAAAAGUCCAUGUCUGCUGAAUACUCCUGGUUCCAGCCUUUCCCCUUCUGUUUUUGUUUAACUUUCGGUGAAGAAAUUUGGCUUGGUGUUUAUUUAUUGAAGAAACUACUUUCCGUGGCAGACUGUAGAUCCUUCAUUGCAGCGAUUCCAACGCUGGUUUCAGCAGGGACAAAAUCAGCUAGCAGUUCUGCCAAGCAGGGAGCUUGGUGCAUCUUUGCCACCAUGUAUGCUGAAAUAGAUUGGUUAGACUCCCCAGUGCACAUAGGUUUUAGGAGGGGGUGGGAUGAGAUGGGGUAGGGCAGAAUGGGAUGGGAAGAAAUCAGUUAAGAUCAGGAAAAUGAAGUCUUGUAUUUUGUAUUGUUUUAAUAAUAUAACAAAUAACCAACCCCUCUCCCACCAUCCCCCUUGCCCCUGGAACUCAAACACACCCACAAAAAUGAAAGUUAAUCAACUGAAAGUGUUUCCUUCAUUUCUGAUCUAGAAUUUCAACUUUUUAACCAAUAAAAAGGAGCACGUUUUUAAA